AUGAAAAGGACAAGAAGCCCUCAAGGAGACGAUGGUGGGGCCGUUGAUAGCUGUGAUAGCGUUGAUCAUCAUCAAGGUGAAGAAGGAGCUCAAGAAGAGGAAAGCGAGAAAGGAAGCAAACGAAUUAGACGAUCCCCCUCCAGCAUACAGCGAAUAUUGAAGCCAAAUGAAACAGAAGGUCGUCCAGCGGGCAACACAGAUAGUGAUUCUGUUUCGAAGCGAGUGCGGGAAACUCAAAAUCUCCAAGAGAAGCUUUUCACUUGGGAGAGGAUGCAGAGGAUCGCCUUUGAAUUGACGAAAGAUAUCGAGCUUUAUACACCAGGACAAGAUCCCCGAGAUUUCAACGUUCUUUGGCGGUCCUACGUCAGACAGCUCAACCAGGUCUACGAGAAGAUCCCAUCGAGCGUUGAACCUUAUUCCUCGCACGAUGAAGAGACCAGUUUGUCUGAGGCUGACGAUAGUCACGAAAAUGUUGAUGUGCCGAUCAUCUCUGAUGAGUCUGUCAAGGUAGUGCCUCAACGAGAGGAAUCUUCGGUCCCAGAGGUAGAGUCCCUGCCCGAAUAUGAUGGCGAGGACGAAGAGCUCGAUCUUUUCAUGGAGACAAGCAUAGAUGAAAGGAUAAUGAGAUUGAAUGUGUUUCUGAGGUCGGAGCUCUAUUUCUGUUACUACUGCAAAGUGCAAUAUAAGAGUGAGCAAGACAUGUUCGAGCGCUGUCCUGGCAUCACUGAAGAUGAUCAUAGGUGA